AUGCCAGAGUCGAUAUUCAGGUAUCUGGAAAAGAAAUAUGAUGCCAUCAUUGAUUUUUACAGAAAACAUAAAACCAGAAUUCGAUAUAUUAUUUAUGGAACACUAAUAGCAGCUUAUCUGGCAAUGGUAAUUGCCGCCUGUACCUUGAAUUUUCACAGAGCCUUGGCCCUCUUUGUGCUCACUGUCGUGGGAAUCUUUUUCAUCUGCUGGGACUUUUUGAUGACCAGAUACGAGGACAGAAUUACAGAUUUUUUUUCCCCUUGUGGAAGGUUUCUAAAAGCACACUGGUUUUGGCUGAAAUGGGUGGUGUGGAUAGCUCUAGUCACUGCCCUCGUGUGCUGGCUUGUCUUUGACACUGCUAAACAAGGAACCAAUCAGCUCAUCUCCUUUGGUGGACUUGCAAUGUAUGUUUUCCUGAUGCUGGUCUUCUCCAAACACCCAACUAAAGUUGUAUGGAGGCCAGUCAUCUGGGGAAUGGGACUGCAGUUUAUUCUUGGACUACUUACCUUGAGGACAAAGUUUGGAUUUGAUGCUUUUAAUUGGCUUGGUAGCCAAGUGCAGACUUUCUUGGAAUACACGGAUGCCGGCGCUAAGUUUGUGUUUGGUGAAAAAUAUACCGAUCACUUCUUUGCUUUCAAGGUGCUGCCUAUAGUAGUUUUCUUCAGCACAGUGAUGUCAAUGCUGUACCACAUUGGAUUCAUGCAAUGGCUUAUUAAAAAGGUAGGAUGGAUAAUGCAAAUUACUCUUGGAACAACUCCGGUUGAAUCUUUAGUGGCAGCUGGCAACAUUUUUGUGGGACAGACAGAAUCUCCUCUCCUGGUGAAGCCUUAUCUACCAUAUGUCACCAAAUCUGAACUCCAUGCUAUCAUGACAGCAGGGUUUUCCACCAUUGCUGGGAGUGUCUUAGGAGCAUAUAUUUCUUUUGGGGUUUCAGCUUCCCAUCUAUUAACUGCUUCUGUGAUGUCAGCACCAGCAGCCUUGGCUGUCUCCAAACUCUUUUGGCCUGAGACUGAAUGUCCCCAGAUAACCACACAGCAGGGUGCAAAAAUAGAGAAAGGGGACUCAAAAAACCUGUUGGAAGCUGCCAGCCAAGGUGCCUCUGCCUCUAUCCCCCUGGUGGCAAACAUCGCUGCGAACCUGAUUGCCUUCCUUGCCUUGCUGUCUUUCUUUAAUGCCGCCCUGUCUUGGCUGGGGAACAUGUUUGACUACCCGCAGUUGAGCUUUGAGAUCAUUUGUUCAUAUGUAUUCAUGCCAUUUUCUUUCAUGAUGGGAGUAGACCGGGAAGAUAGUUUUAUUGUUGGUGGACUCAUAGGUUACAAGACCUUCUUCAAUGAAUUUGUGGCUUAUGAACGCCUUGCAGAAUUUAUCCAGCACAGGAAAGACGGAGGAGAAAUGUACAUUAAUGGCAAGAAGCAAUAUAUGAGUAUCCGAUCUGAAACCAUUGCCACCUACGCCCUCUGUGGAUUUGCAAACUUUGGCUCCCUGGGAAUGGUAAUUGGAGGUCUAACAUCCAUGGCUCCCUCCAGGAAAAGAGACAUUGCAGGAGGUGCCAUUAGAGCCAUGAUCGCUGGGACUGUGGCCUGCUUCAUGACUGCUUGCAUUGCAGGAAUAUUGUCUGUUGCAGAAGAUCCAUGCAAUGCUGUAUUAGGAAGUAGCUUCAACGCCACUACAAACAGCACAGAAAAGGUUACAUGCUGCCUGAAUCUGUUUAAUAGGGUUAGUGCACACAGUCACACGGAAAUCUUCCUAAAAGGAAACCAUAGCUUGAAAUCCUUGGCAGGAUGUUGUAAACUACUGGACCCAUCCACAUUUAACUGCAGCUGGACCACUUCAUUUUAA